UUGAAUAAUGGAUGGAAAGCUGCCGCGAAUGUUACUAGCCAUAUGAAGGCUUGCUUGAUUAAUCAGGUCUACACACUAGUUGAGGACAUCGCAUACAGUCGACAAGAGAAAAAGCAUGCUCUCUGAGCGAUCCGAACUUCACAUGUGUACACAUAUGCGGCAAAUACACCCUUUUUGAGGCAUUGUCUAGAGGCGUCAGCUCUGCCACCCACAUCCAGGCCGUAUUUUGGUUGACCCCUUCUGUACUCACUGAGCAAUUUUGACGAGAAGGACGGAGAGAGAACACCAUACAACGGUCUUUUGAAUCGCUCCCUGAUGUGGCAAUCUACUUGCGUCUGAGGGAUAAAGGCGCCGCGAGUGCUGCUGCUGAGUUUCUGUACACACGAAUAUCGUGUGCAAUCGAGGAAAUACCGCAGUCGCCAGCUGGGUAGGCGGUCACUGCCAUAAUGCAGCUCUCGGGCCCCACAUAUUCCCAUCAUUAUGUCAGCUCCUGACCGCAUUACAUACUGCCACAAAAGCAGAGUGUCGGGUUAAGCUCCGUUUCCAGAUCUGCGGGGGCAUCUCCAUGUAGAAAACUACCGGGCCACUUUCGAUUGUCCGGUAACGUGACCCUCAUUCUCUCAGCUGCAGCGCCCAGCCGGAAGACCCGCCUCACGCGCUCCCCAUGUUUUCUUGGCUCAAGUCGGUGGCACCCUACGCCGCAUGUGCGCCUGUGCCUUUCAUUGGCGCUCUAGCUACUCGAGGCUGCAGUGGGGAUUAAAUGACAGGGCAGCCUGAAAAAAUGCCGACAUUCCGUUGAUUGACCGUUCGUUUUUUUAUUUGUUUUGUUUGUUCGCGGUCCCCAAAUCUCAUCUACGACGCGGAUCGCAACGCAGUCAAGAUGGAGCAUCAGGCGCUCCGUGCCGUGCUGCUGACAUUCCUCGUGGCGACCGUGGUGCCCUGCGCCGCGUCUGACGCCAAUGGACCAGAACGUGAACCGGACUUCAUUGUAACCAUUGGACCCAAAGGCGUGGAGGAAAAUACUCAACAGGUGUUUUUUCUCGGCCCUUCCGCAACUCUCCGUGUGGCUGACGAGAGCGGUAAAGCCAUCUUUCUGCCGCAACCGGCAUCGCCUGACCAGGAUACGGAGCCAAGCUACAAUCUUGCUUAUGUGUAUGAGAAUGGUCACUGCAAUUUUGCAAAAACUCUGGCGUACAGAGACGCGUUUCCCGGCUAUUCGCGUCCAUUAUGGGUCCGCUCCUCAGCUCAGGUAGGGAGGGGUGAUGGACUGCCUGCCGGAACAGUUGCGAACUACACGCUUACAAAUCCUCCGGCCGACUCUAUGAGUGGAGGUGUCAGUUUCUGCGUGCGGUUCACGAAAUCCGCCGCAGCGACAACGACGACCACGACCAAGGCACCGACAGAAGCGGCAGAUUCCACGACAAAGUCCUCAGAGUCCACUGAAGGCUCUUCAACCGGCCCCACUGACAGUAGUGGCUCGUCGUCUCAGUCCGGUGGCGGUUCAGACUCGUCGUCUCCGUCCGGUGGCGGUUCAGACUCGUCGUCUGACUCCGGCGAGGUUUCAGACUCAGGAGGUGGGUCUGGCGGCAGUGGAAGCUCAUCUCAAGAACAAAAUAACCGAGUGCAACGGGAGCCACCUCUCAAUCAUGUGCCAAAACCGGAGGUCAAUGUACAACCGCAACUCCAGCAACAAAGAGGAUCCAACACACCAGAACUCCCCGAUACAAAGAUUUCCUCAAAAGGCCAGCCUGCCGGUGAGGGAGGCCAGCAGGAUCUGACUUCAGAAGACGACAAUGGUAAAGGCGUGUAUUCAGGUGCAAGCAGUGAUGCCUCUUCAGAGGGUGCUGUUGCCUCACCAGGGCCUGAAGCUGAACCGGAGAACGGGGUGUCUGAGAACUCUGUUUUCCAUCCACUUUCCUCGGGUGAGGCAGUGACUCAAGACCAAGGCUCACAAGAAAGCACUAGCACCGCGGCUGUCCCCUCGGUGGAAGGAAUAUCCACUUCCGAAAUUGUAGAACGGAACGAAACUCAAGCUUCCGAGAUGACAGCAUCUCAAACUACAUCUGUCGGCACGCCUGGCAAGAACGGUGCCGUUGCUGCAGGUGGUGCGCGCUUGAGACGGCUGUCAGAUAAGGACGCUUCAGCGGUGAAAUAUCUAACGAUCGUCGUGCACUCCGCUGCGUGGGGCUUGUCAGCAGGGUCACUGAUGGCCUCAGCUGUUGUGUUGUCCAUAACGGUAACAUUUCUUUCCAGCGUUUAAGUGAGAGAAAUAAUAGUGAAUGAAUGAAGACUAUAUUGCCUGCAAUGAUUGCUAAUCCCA